ACAUGGGUGAUUUUGGUGGUUCUACCGCAGCACACAAUAAUUUAAAUCAAUCUCAAGCAUUUGCUGCGGCUCUACAACGUGCAAAACAGAUUGCCGCUAAGAUCCAACCGAAUGCACCACCUUCUGGUGGAGCCCCGGCCGGCUUUAAACGUUCACAUGAUGAUUCCGAUGGCGGUCCAGAUGUUAAACGUUUCACCAGCCCAGAUGGAAGCGAAAGCGGUCAUAAUAGCAAUUCCAAUAUGAGCAGUGGUGGCGGCGGCGGCAAUAAUCCCAAUAUGUCCCAAGCUUUGGUUCAGGCUGCUGCCGUGGCUGCCCGAAUUGCUGCAACGGCUGGAAACACCUGCGAAGAACAAAUUCGUUUACCCGAUAGUGUAAUGAAUGCAUUUUAUGGACGAGGUAGCAGUGAUACCAUAACUCAUAUACAAGGUGAAUCCGGAUGUAAAAUACAAAUGGGCCAAGAAGGUGACCGUGUCAUUACAUUGAGAGGUUCCAGAGAUUCGGUGACAAAUGGUCGUGAUGUUAUUCAGCAAUUGGCUAAUCGUAAUGGUGGUGGCAAUGUGGAAGUUGUUUUGACAAUUAAUAUGCCACCUCCCGGACCCACGGGCUUCCCUCCAUAUCAGGAGAUAAUGAUACCGGGAACAAAAGUUGGUUUGGUAAUUGGUAAAGGUGGUGACACCAUCAAACAAUUGCAAGAGAAAACUGGAGCCAAAAUGGUCAUUAUUCAGGAUGGUCCGAAUCAGGAGCUUAUUAAACCAUUACGCAUUUCGGGUGAACCACAAAAAAUAGAAAUGGCAAAACAAUUGGUUUUGGAUUUAAUUGCCCAAAAAGAUGCCCAAAAUCAACAGGCAGGAAAUUCACGACCCGGCAUGGGUGGUGGUAUGGGAGCCAACAAUGGCCCCAAUGGUGGCGGUGGAGGCAAUUAUAAUAACUUUGGAGCCAAUGGUGGUGGCGAAUCGUUGGAAGUUUUUGUUCCAAAAAUAGCUGUUGGUGUUGUUAUUGGCAAAGGUGGAGAUAUGAUCCGUAAGAUACAACAAGAAUGCGGCUGUAAAUUACAGUUUAUACAAGGCAAACAUGAUGAGCCAGGCGAUCGUCGAUGUCUAAUUCAAGGCUCAAGACAGCAAGUGGACGAUGCAAAGCGCAUGAUUGAUGGUCUCAUUGAAAAUGUUAUGCAACGAAAUCGUAAUGGCAAUGGCGGAGCUGGUGGUGGUAAUCCUUCGGGUGGCAACGAUAAUGGAAAUUCAAAUUAUGGCUAUGGUUAUGGUGUUAAUCAUGCUCAACAACCGGCACGUGAAGAAAUUAGCUUCAUGGUACCAGCUUCCAAGUGUGGUAUUGUCAUCGGACGUGGUGGAGAAACAAUCAAAUUAAUUAAUCAACAAUCUGGUGCCUAUUGUGAAAUGGAUCGUAAUGCUGUUAAUCCCCCCUCGGAGAAACUUUUCAAAUGCAAGGGAACACCAGAACAAGUUGAAGCUGCACGACAAAUGAUUGCAGAGAAAAUCAAUAUGGACUUACCAAUAAUAAGUCGUAAAUCUAUUAAUGGUGGCCCACCCGCCCAGCAACAACAAGAUGGUGGUGGCAAUCAAGGAGGUUAUAAUGCGGCAGAUCCAAGUGCUGCAGCUGCGGCAUAUCAACAACAAUGGGCUGGCUAUGGUCAAGCUGGUGGUUGGGGUGAUCAGGCUCAACCUCAAGCUGCCAUGGGUCAAACUGCCAAUGCAGCAGCUGGUCAGGCGGCAGAUUAUUCAGCGCAAUGGAUAGAAUAUUAUAAAUCAAUGGGCAUGCACCGAGAAGCCGAAAUGAUUGAACAACAGUUGAAAGCUAAACAAGCAGCAGCUGGCGGAGCACAAACACAGCCUCAGGCAGCAACACCAGCAGCUGCAGCACAAACCACUGGUGCUGGACAAACACAAGAUUACAGUGCACAAUGGGCUGAAUAUUAUCGAAGUAUAGGCAAAAUAGAAGAAGCCGAAGCAAUUGAGAAACAAAUGAAGGCUUCACAGUCAACGUCAACAUCCGCCUCUUCUGCUGCUGCUGGUGGUGUUAGAAGUAGUAGUAGUGGUGGUGGUGGCGGCGGUGCUGCUGGUUCUGCUCCGAAUGCUGGUGGCCAAAAGGACUAUAGUGCACAAUGGGCUGAAUAUUAUCGUAGUAUAGGUAAAAUUGAAGAAGCUGAAGCUAUUGAAAAACAAAUGAAGGUACGUUAA